CAGCGCAACAACGCCAUCGCCUCGGCCGACGACUGCCGCGACAAGUUCGUCGCCCGCUACCUCUUCCGCCAGCAGGCGCGCCGCGGGAAGCUUCUCGCGCCCGCCCACGACAAAUCGUCAGCAGCACCAGCAGCAGCAGCAGCAGACGGACGACCGCCGCCAGGGAAGUGGCGGGAGAAGGAGAAGGAGAAGGCGAAGGAGAAGGAGAAGGAGACGUUCCGUCUGCAGAUCGACGACUUCCGGCCGCACAACAUCCUGUGGGCCUACUUCGCCCCGGCCUCCUUCGCCCGCGCCCCGCCGUGGUGGCUGCUGCUCACCGUGCCCGAGUACUGGCGCGGCACCGUCCUGGACUUCCGGGACGAGUUCGCGGGCGUGCUGGACGUCUUCCUCAGGGCGCUGCGCGCCUGUGAGGACGAGGAGGAGGAGGAGAAAGCGAAGGAGAAGGAAGAGGAGGACGAGGAGGAGGAGGAAGAGUGGUCGAUCGAGCGGUACAUCAGCGCGCUGAGCCUCAGCCCCGACGACGACGACGACGACGACGCGGUUCGGCUGUCGGACCGCAUGAGAUGGAGCUGGGAGGCGGGGGAUUUCUGGGCCGUCUACGCGGCCCGUCGGUGCUACGCGUUCGAGCCCGUGUUUUGGGAGUUCCUGGACGAGCGCUUCUUUGGCGAGAACGUCGAGGGCGGUUACGAAGGGAGGAUGCACUUGCUGUCGGAGAAGGCGAAGAGGCGGAUGGAGCUGUUGGUCGAGCGGAAGCUGGGGGAGCGCAAGGAGAAAAAGAUUGUAGACUGGGACCCUGACGAGGCCAAGGCCUAUCUGGCCGAGAUCCUC